UAAAAACCCCAAAACCCGAUGUUGCCGAACGCUCCUGGAGGUUUCGUGGAAGUCAUCUUGCAAUUUCCGGUCACGCAGUCAGAGAAGGAGUAUUUCAACGACUGAAGUUGCUGUUGCCUAUGCGAAUUUCAAACUCAAAACCACAGAAUACAAACUACUAAGUUCAGAUACAUGGAGAUCCGCGAAGCAAAGUUUCUCUGCAGCUACGGCGGCGAGAUCAAGCCCCGCGGCCGCAACAACAAGCUCGCCUACAUCGAUGGAACCAAUAAGCUUCUUUAUGUUGACCGUAGAAUUGACUUCACAGCCAUGGUUUCCAAAAUCUCCAGCCUUUUUGACGGCGCCUCCAACCGCGACAACUUCUUCAAAUACCAAGUCCCCGGCAGCGAUGACCUCAAUGCUCUCGUCUCCGUCACCAACGACAGAGACCUUCAUAACAUGAUGCUCGAGUUCGAUCAACUCUACCGCGAUUCCCCUAGAUUCGCCCGCAUGAGACUCUUCCUCUUCCCAAACCCUAACAAACCUCUCGAUUCGGUUAAGCCAAACUCUAAUAGGCUAUCUUCGAAUCUUUGGAAGUAUGAUGUGUUUAUCAGCUUUAGAGGGAAGGACAUUCGUACGGGAUUCAGUUCCCAUCUUGUCGAAGCUCUGAAUCAAAACCAAAUAAAAACCUUCAUUGAUGAUGAGCUUCACAAAGGGGAUUGCAUCUUGGAUUCUCUUACAAGAGCUAUUGAAAAUUCGUCUAUAUCUGUUAUCAUCUUGUCAGAGAAUUUUGUUACCUCAAGUUGGUGCCUUCACGAGUUAUUGAAAAUAAUGGAGUGCGGAAGGAAAGUUAUACCUGUGUUUUAUGGUGUGGAUCCAUCAGAUGUGCGAAAGCAGCUAGUAAGUUUCAAUGAAAAAUUCAAGUCUCACUUGCAGAGUGACAUUAACAAUCUUCUGAAAUGGAUGGAAGCUCUCGCCAAAAUAGCGGAUUUAGAUGGCUGGGACUCCGGCUCUUGUAGGGACGACUUUGAACUUGUUGAAAAGAUUGUCAAAGAUAUUUUGCGAGAGCUGAAUAAUCAUUGCCUGCAUAAGGAUGUCAAGAGUUUAGUUGGUGUUGAUAAAAAUCAUGAAAAGUUAGAAAUGUUAUUAAGUUCAGUUCCUGAUGAACAAACGGGAAUAAUUGGGAUUUGUGGGAUGGGAGGAUUGGGCAAAACAACUUUAGCAAGACUUUUAUAUCAGGAACUUUCUCAUCAGUAUGAAGGUUCCUGCUUCCUAGGAAAUGUUCGGGAAAGAUCAGAAAAGUAUGGGCGGGGACUAGAUGAGUUGCGAAAUCAACUUUACUUGGAGUUGUUACAAGGAAAAGAUUGCGAAAAUACCAUGGCAAAUACAACUUCAAAGUGCAGGCUCAGCAGACAAAGAAAUUUCAUAGUUCUUGAUGAUGUGAGUAGCUCAAAACAAUUAGAAUACCUAGCUGGGGACCUUCAGUGCUAUGGUGCAGGAAGUAGAAUCAUUGUGAUAACAAGGGACAAGAGUGUGCUGAAAAAAGGAGUUGAAAAAUUUCAUCAGAUGGAGGUGUUAGAUUUUCAAGAUUCCCUUAUAUUGUUUAGCUUGAAUGCGUUCAAUCAAGACUAUCCAAAAAGGGGAUACCAAGAGCUAUCAUGGAAAGCAGUUACCUACUGCAAAGGUGUCCCAUUAGCUUUAAAAGUAUUGGGUUCUUUUCUUUGUUCCAAGAGUGAAACUGAAUGGGAUAAUGUUCUGCAAAAACUCGAGAAGAAUCCUAAUGCAGCAAUUCAAAAUGUGUUAAGAUUGAGUUGUAAUGGAUCAGAUUAUCAGGGGAAUCAUAUUGUUCUAGACAUUGCAUCAGUUUUUAAGGGGGAGCAAAAGGAACAACUAGUUAAUGUAUUUGAUAGUUGCAGUUUCUAUACAGCUAGAGGCAUGAGUUCCCUUCUUGAUGAGGCUCUAAUAGCUAUGUUCGAUCAUUUUGGGUUAUCUCAUGUCUUGUACAAGAAAUGGGGUAGAGAAUCCUUUGUCAGAGAACUAUCAAGAAUUGUCAAAGUCAUAGCCAUUUGUGGGAUGUUGGUGAUGCUUGUGAUGUUUUGGAAAAUAAUAAGGAGAGUGUUCAAUUGAAGCCAUAAAGUUACAUAUGUCCCAAAGUAGAUAAAAUCUAUGCUCGAGUGCUGGAACUUUCAAAAAGAUAUUUAAGAUAUCUCAAGGUUGUUAUCUCCCCAAAAUAAACACUGAUGCCGGUGAUCUGCAGCUUCCUAUGUGGUUUGGAGUCGAUUCCUGAUAAAAGAAGGAAAAUAAAAUUUAAUAAAUAAGAGAGAAAAGAAAAAAACUAUUGCUCUCAGAAGCCUGUUACUUUGCAUGUCAAAAGGUCAACUUAAAAGUUAAAAAAACGACUAUGGGAUGGGUGCAAGUUUGUAUAUAUAUUCAGAUGUAUAUAAUCUAUGCUUUAGUUUCUGGUUGAAAAGCGGAUGUGGUUUUUUUUAAGUGGUCUGUUAUUAAUUUUGUAUUGUGAAUAUUUUUCUUAUUUUCUGGGAUAAUUAUUACUAUAUUUCAUUA